AUGGACUGGGAUCGCAGAAGGUUUGUAGCCGUAUCAAACCGUUUGAGAGGAAGAAACUUUCUAAGUAUUUUGCUAGAUUUGAUGAACGAAGAGGUGGAGAAAGUUAUCGUCCAGCCGAAAGAAGCGGUCGUUCCCCUUCUCGGGGGUAUGAAAUUCGUCACAGGCGUUCGCCACCACGGACCCGAAGCCCUCCUCGACCACGAGCUGACACUUGGGUACCAUCAUCAAAUAGAGGGUAUGGGCGCCUACGAAGUCGGUCACCGCCGCAAUACCGGCGCCGGUCACGUACUCCUCUGGGGAGAAAUUUUGGUCAAGCCCCCUAUGAAAGACGACGAUCUCCACCAAGAAGAUUCUCGCCUAGAAGAGAGGAAAGGGUCAGAUCGCCACCCCAAAAAUGGCGCUCGAAAUCUCCCUACAGUGAUGGCAGAUCACGCAACGCAUCGCGUGCCCGCAACAGCCCAAGACGAAUACGCGAUACAACUCCUGGCAGUCAAUUUUUCCGAUCCGCGAGACGCGACGGUCCUGCUAAAUUCCUCCCCGAGAGCACAGCCAGAAGUAUUGUUGCCACACAGUCCAAUUCAUGCCUCACAUCGAGGCCACUCUCGUGAUGCGGGGAAACGGGAUCGGACUUUGUCGCCUCCAAGACAUGUUUCACCCGCACAAGCUCAAGCCUUGGCCUCACAACCCGUCCUGAUAUCCCGGAGUUCAUCGCCAGCCAUAGAAAAUCCUAUUCCUGCUUCCCACGGAGCCCGUAGUAGGUCGCCGAUUCGCUCUCCGGUACACUCUCAACAUUCGUUGAAACCACCAGGUCGGUCUUUGUACCAAGAUCAGAUCCACGAUACGGAGUCUUCCCACCCACAACAACGGUCAGAUCACGAAGACCGAGUAUCGGUUGGCAACCAUUCGCCUUUUUCGAUUCCCGAAAAAGCAUAUUUGGAACCUCAGACAAGCGGGACCAAGGUUGGUGGCAAUAUCCCAACUCAACCCAAAAAUCACAGUGCAAUCCCACUUCCGCUGCCACCAUCAGGACCUUAUCAGGGACCGAGGCCGUCAUCCAAUCAGCAUCGCGGUCAACCGUAUGUUUCUUUACUAUCAGCGCCGACUCGUCCUCGCCGUGGGCCUGGCCCACGUGAAGCUUGGGCAGGGUCUCCGCCAGUACGUCGCGGACCUGCUGCACCUUCGCAAGCCCCACCAGCAGGUCCUCGUGCUUCUUUUUCAUCUCCUGUACCAGGUGGUAAUUACCGACAUGCAACUCCCCGGCAAUCCAGCACCCCAUCUGUAACUCAACCAUUGGCUCAGAGGGGAAUAAACCAUCUUGCAGGGCUAUGUACUAUCAUACCGGAAGGGCGGAUCCUUCCGUCGCUUCUGGAUCCUGCUGUGGAGAAACGACUAUCUCAGCUUGAUGUUGACAAAGAAAAACUCCUUGAGCAGAUCGCAGAGAUGCAAAGGUCCAAGCGAGUAGAACUCCGAGACUGGGAUCGACUCGAUCGCGAAAGCUCAAUCUGUGCUCUCAAGAGCGAGCUAGCUGAAGGCCAUCUCCAACGAAUGGCCGAUGAGAGUAUCGGGGGCGGGAACUUGUUCUAA